AUGAAUGUUCAAUCAAUUUUCUCCAACAUAUUUAAUGGGUUCUCCAACGAUUUCAAAAAGAAAAAUUUCUCCGUAUAUGGUCAAUGGAUCAGUAUAUUAACAAUUUUCUUAUGUUUAGCUUUAGGUGUUGCUAAUAUCUUCCAUGCAUCAUUAGUUAUUAUAUUUUCAAUUAUUUGUAUUGUUCAAGGAUUGGUUGUUGUUUUUGUUGAAAUUCCUUUCUUAUUAAGAAUUUGUCCUUUAACCGAUACUUUUACCAACUUUAUUAAGAAUUUCGAUGAAAAUUGGCCAAGAUGUGGGUUUUACUUAUUAAUGGCGGUCAUUCAAUACUUGUCUUUAUUAGUUCAAGCCACUAGUUUACUCGUAGUAGCCAUUUUAUUUACAAUUUCUUCUGGAUGUUAUUGUUUAGCUGCUAUAAAACAUCAAGAUUAUUUAAAAAGUUCGAUCAGUUUUACCGGAAAUGAUUCAUUAGAUGGUCAAGUUAACGAACAAAUUGUUAGAAAUGUUCUUUAG